AUGGGGUUUGCGUGCGGCGCCGGGGUGGUGAUCGGGAAGCUCGCUCAGGACCUGCUGCAGCCGUCUGAACAGUCCUUCUUUAUCAUACGGGCGAUCGGUGAGGUACUGCGGGGUUGGGGUAGGUGCGAGGACAACAUGCGGAACGAUGAGGGAGGAUCCUCCCUCUUCUACCCUAAGACGCUGACGAGCGCAUUGUCUUUUGAACCAUCCGCUGGUUUAUGA